AUGGUCAAGACACUCCCACUUGGCGACCAGCAGGUCGCUGUUCCAGGAUUCGGCGCUAUGGGCCUCAAUUCUGCUAUGGGGACAGACCUCAAUCUUGAACAGUCCGAGCCUGUUCUUUUGAAAGCUAUCGAGCUCGGUUGCACAUUCUGGGACACUGCGGUUGCCUACAAGAAUGGCGAAAACGAGAAGUUGCUUGGAGAUUUCAUAAAGAAGUACAAUGUCCGCGACAAGCUGUUCGUGGCAUCCAAGUGUGGAUUUGAUGUCUUCGGACCCGAGCGAAAAGUAACCAACUCGGAGAAGCACAUCAAAGAAUACAUCGAGGGGACAAUUGACAGGCUUGGAUUCACUCCUGAUCUCUACUAUCUCCACAGAAUUGAUCCUAGCACCCCCCUCGAGGAAUCCAUCGGCGCCCUGGACGAACUUCGCCGCACCGGAAAAACAAAGUACAUUGGCUUAUCUGAAUGCUCUGCUGCAACCUUGCGCAAGGCAAACGCCAUUGCGAAGAUUGACGCCGUUCAAGCCGAGUACUCUGCUUUUGAAACAUUGCACGAGACCAGUGGCCUGAUUGAGACGGCAAAGGAGUUAGGUGUGGCUUUUGUGGCAUUCAGCCCUCUGGGACACGGCUGGCUUGUGGAUGACUUCCAGUUCAAGUCUCCCGACGACUUCGCCCCUAAUGAUUUCCGACGCACUGUCCCGAAGUUCCAGGGAGAAAACUUCUAUAAGAACAAGGCUAUCGUGGACGAGAUCAAGAAGUUAGCAACCCGCAAGGGUUGUUCCGUUGCGCAGAUCGCCCUCGCCUGGGUUGCUGCGCAAGGGUUGAUCCCUAUCCCAGGAACGACCAAAGCAUCACGCUUAGAAGAGAACUGGGCAUCUCGUGAUAUCGAGUUGACGGACGAGGAGCUGAAGGACAUGCGAAAGAUCGUGGACGCUGCCAAGCCGGUCGGAGAGAGAUUCUCUGCCGUAGCCCAAUCGAUGGUCGGUCAUUAG